AUGACACAACAGCGAGCUUCCAGGGCCUGUGAUCCUUGCAAACGGCGCAAAAUUCGCUGCAAUGGCCAGAAGAAAUGCCAGCAAUGCACCCAUAUCGGUCUCAGAUGUACCUAUGCCCCUCACCCAGUGCAGCGUGCGCGAAAGGAGCGACGACGAGGCAGUGUAAUCGCUGAAUGCCGGACAUGGAGCUCAUCAGGAUCGGUCCCCUCUUCAAUUCAAUCACAUCCAAAUCCGGCAUUCUUCUUAGACUUCUUGCCCAGCUACAUCGAAUACGUUUACCCCUUGAGCCCUGUUGUGACGGAAGCCGAAGCCCGAGAUAUGAUCUUGCAUAUGAACGAUUGCCGUGACGCAGCCUCUUUUGCCUAUAUCUUCGCCGCUGUGACUCUGAAUCUUGGUCGAAGUGACCCUUUACAGCAGGAGUCUACGAAGCGUGACCAGAUUUCAAUACUAUUGACACGCUCAUUGGAGCACCGCCGGCCAUUCCAUUUAGAUUCCAAGCCUGGGAUCACAGAUCUGAUGACCAGUCUCUUCACGCAAAUGUGCAGCAUUGGUCUCCGACGGCUCGACUUGGGCUUCCUGUACUUACGUGAAGCUAUAUCAUUACUUUACAUGCUACAAGCUGACUUAGACGAUGAAUCGGCGCCGAGAUGGCAGCGGGCGUAUUGGGAGUGUUUUAUGCACGAGCGGUUUACAGCGCUCACGUACCAACGCCCAACCUGCCUUACCCCCUUGUCAAGGCUACCCGUGCACGAUCCUUCCCUACCGGAGCAUGUCGAGGAUGGUUUCAACCAUAAUAUCAUGAACUUCUGUCUCGUGGAUCAGGAAUUCCUGCAUUUUUUAAUGGGUGACAGAUCAGGUGUCACGGUCGACUGGAUCGAAAAGAAACAGCAACAGUUAGAGGACACCGAUUGGCAUCGUGAAGUUUCUCGACUACCGGAGAUACUACAAGCAGACCUCAUCAUUACAAGGCAUUGGCUACGUACGCUUACGUGGCAAAUUGCGUUAUCAAAUACCCUAUUGUCAUCGGCAAGCUCACCGGGCUCAUCGCUUCUCUCGCUGUCCUUCCCGCUGCGCUUAUCGAAUCAAUUACGCCAGUUUUUAAGAGCCAUACCGCGGGAUAUUGUCGCAAUCCACGGAUCUGGAAUCCUUGAAAAGCUUUUCGAAAUCGCGAAUACCAUCACCGAUGUUGUGCUGCAUUUACACUGUGCGCCGGGGAACGAGACUAUUCAGCGUAUUCAUGAUAUUCUCUUUUUGAAAAAUUUCGUCUUCUCUUUUGCGGGCUUUCAGGCGUUGCGACCGGCGGUUCUUACACAGAAAUUCGAACAAAUCCGUCUGAAGUAUCCUGAGAUCAAAGAAAUUGAGUUACUACUCUAA